AUGAGUUCAUUUUUUGUUACACCGGUCACUGUGCUCACAGAGGAUGUAGAGACGGAUGUAAUGAUAAUGAUAGGAAGGGUGGUGGAUUCCGAUGACCCACUGCUUCCAGGAGGAGUUGUAGAGGUAGAGCCUCCAGAGGUAGAGGAGGAAGAUGACCAACUAGUUGGAGACCCAUAUGUAGAGGAUCCAUAUGUAGAGGAUCCAGAUGCAGAGGAUCCAGCCGCAGAGGAUCCAGCCGCAGAGGAUCCAGCCGUAGAGGAUCCAGCCGUAGAUGAUGUCGAUGUCGUUGAACCCAAUUUAGGUGUUCCGGAGAUAGAUGUACUAGAGCUAGAGCCUAUUGACGAUGAUAUUCCCGCAGAAAUCCCAGGGGGCGCUUUAGACCCGGGGGUACCAGAAGGUGUAGUGGUAUGUCUUCCAGUGCCAGUUACGGGGGUCGAUAUCGCCGGCUUAGAGGAAGCCACCGGCUUGGAGGAAGAGCGAGGAACAUUUGUUAAACUGUAA